AUGAACCCGGACAGGAAGAUGGCACUUGAGCUGUCUAUCCAUGCUUUUGCCGAAAAAAGUGAAGGGCAUGUCGUCAGUCCAAAAAUUGGCAUGGAGUUUGACUCGCUGGAUGAGGCGUAUGAGUUCUACAACGUAUAUUCAUGGGAAAUAGGGUUCGGUAUACGGCUGGCAAAGAGCAGGCUGAACGUGCAAAGAACAAGAUGGGUCCCCGUUGAAGGAGAACAGCCGUUCUUCGAGGUGUGGUUGCAGUGCAAUGAUAAGGCUGCUCCGAUCAAAGGAUGGCGGUUGAAAAUGCAUUGGAAGUCGCAUAGGCAUAUAGAUAGAUACACCAAGGAUCUUGUGAAACAGCUCAGGGAUAAUAAUGUUGGCCUCGGAAAGGUUUUCAGCAUUGUUGGUAGCUUAUUUGGUGUCACGGAGAAUGUGCCUUUUACAAAGAGGUCGUUGAAGACAUUAUGCAAGAAGCUCAACAAGGAGCAGUCGGAUUUUGAUGCUGUCAAGACUAUGAACCUGCUUGGGGAGAUGAAAGCUAAUGAUCUAGAUUUCAACUAUACCGUGCAAGUCGACGAGGAGAGCCGCAUAAAGACACUUAUGACAAACUUGUAUGAUAUGCCAUUUGGUCUCUUUGUCGGCGUCAACAACCACUUCCAGAGCAUAAUUUUCGGGGGAGCGAUGAUGAGAGACGAGAAAGAGGAAACAUUCAAGUGGAUCUUCAGGGAGUUUGUCCGUAUGGUGGGUGGGAAACACCCGCAGACAAUACUUACAGUUAUGAUUGUCUGA